UCCUUCCCCUUGACUCCCUUUUCCUUCUCGGUAGCGAGCAUACCUGAUGGCGGCUUCUAAGCCUGUGGACUCGCAGGCCAGCACCGGCUUGUCCCGGUGGCAGUUGGCGCUCGCCAUCGGCACCCCCGUCUUGUUGGGGGCCGGUGCCCUCUACCUUUGGAAGAAAAGGUCCGUGUCGAAGCGGAGCGAGAGGAAGGCGCCGGAGGGUAGCUCUAGUCCCGUGCCGAAGGAGGGGAGUGAUCGUGAGGAGAACCAGACGGAUAACCAGAGUAUGCUGGAUCAAGCUCAAUCUGCAAAGAAUAAGGGAAACAAGUAUUUUAAAGCUGGAAAAUUUGAACAAGCUAUUCAGUGUUACACUGAGGCAAUAAGCAUGUGUCCUUUGGACCAGAAGCAAGACCUUUCAACUUUUUACCAAAAUCGGGCUGCAGCAUUUGAACAGCAGCUAAAAUGGAAGGAAGUUGCUGAGGACUGCUCCAAGGCUGUAGAACUGAACCCCAAAUACAUAAAGGCACUAUACCGCCGUGCAAAGGCUUUUGAGAAACUAGAUAAUAAGAAGGAGUGUCUGGAAGAUGUUACUGCAGUUUGCAUCUUGGAAGGAUUCCAAAACCAACAAAGUAUGCUGCUUGCUGAUAAAGUCCUUAAGCUACUUGGAAAGGAGAAAGCUAGAGAAAAGUAUAAGAAUAGAGAGCCCCUGAUGCCCUCCCCACAGUUCAUCAAAUCGUACUUUAAUUCAUUUACUGAUGAUAUCAUCUCACAGCCUUUGCUUAAAGGUGAAAAGCCUGAUGAAGACAAGGAUAAAGAGGGUGAAGCUGCUGAUGUCAGGAGAACAGGAAGGUCUGGCUACCUGAAGGCAAAACAGUACAUGGAGGAAGAGAACUAUGACAAAAUUAUUAGUGAAUGCACUAAAGAGAUAGAGACAAAGGGAAAAUAUGUGGCAGAAGCCUUGUUGCUUCGGGCUACCUUCUACCUGCUAAUAGGCAAUGCAGCAGCUGCUCAACCUGACCUUGAUAUGGUUAUUAGUAUGGAAGAUGCAAAUGUGAAACUGCGUGCUAACGCACUGAUCAAACGUGGAAGCAUGUACAUGCAGCAACAACAGUCAAAGCUGUCAACACAAGAUUUCAACAUGGCUGCUGAUAUUGAUCCUCAAAAUGCUGAUGUUUACCAUCAUCGUGGACAGUUGAAGAUUUUACUUGACAACGUUGAAGAGGCUGUUGCAGAUUUUGAUGAGUGCAUUAGGCUGCGUCCAGACUCUGCUCUAGCACAAGCUCAGAAGUGCUUUGCUUUGUAUCGUCAGGCCUACACUGGAAAUAAUCCUUUGCAGAUUCAAGUGGCUGUAAAGGGAUUUGAAGAUGUCAUUAAAAAUUUUCCCAAGUGCGCAGAAGGUUAUGCAUUAUAUGCACAGGCUUUAACUGACCAGCAACAUUUUAGUAAGGCAGAUGAAAUGUACGAUAAAUGCAUUGAACUGGAACCAGACAAUGCAACAACAUAUGUUCACAAAGGCUUGCUUCAGCUUCAGUGGAAGCAGGACUUGGAUAAAGGUUUGGAAUUAAUCAGCAAAGCCAUCGAAAUCGAUAAUAAAUGUGAUUUUGCGUACGAGACCAUGGGUACCAUUGAGGUCCAGAGGGGAAACCUGGCAAAGGCUAUUGACAUGUUUAGCAAAGCCAUUAACCUGGCCAAGUCCGAAAUGGAGAUGGCUCAUCUGUAUUCACUUUGUGAUGCUGCAUAUGCACAGACCGAAGUUGCUAAACAAUAUGGAUUGAAGCCCCCAACACUGUGAUUAAAAAGUUACUCAUGAUUUACAUUCUUCUGUUAAGUCUUUGAAUCCUUUUCUAACUUGUUGAAUGCCACAGUGAAGUUUGUGAGAUUUGAUAUGUAUUCUAUAUAGUGAUUGAUGAAUGUGUGCAAAAUAACUUGCACACAAGUUGACCUACGAAGUGGCACUGAGCAAAAUAUUUGUUUUACACGAGCAAGCCACAGAAACAUCUUUUAGUUAUUCUCAGAAGGGUGAUCAAUUUUUUAAAGAAACCUAUGUACAGUAUGUUUGGAGCUGCCCUUUAAAAGUAUGUUGUGAUAUACAAACAAAUAUAAACAAAAUUAAAUUGUGACUGUUCAUAUUUUCUGCCAUGAGAAUGAGCAAAAUUUAUUAUUUUAUUUGCAUUUUCAAAUGUUCCUUGUUUAGAUUGCACAAUGUAAUGACAAAUAUUUAAGACUGGCAGUCACAGUUAAAAGGUUGAGCAUGCAUCAUAUAGUAUCCAACUUGAGAUAGUUUUGAAAGUCCUUACAUUCAUCAUUUGAGUUAUAAUAUUCUAAACCUUUGAUAAAAUUUCCAUUUAAAUAAAUAAUGUUAUACAACAAAGCCCUAUUCAAAUUGCUGUGUCCAUGAUAGAUUACAAGGUGAAAAAGAAAAAUUUGGUUGUUUUUUUAAGUGGGUAAUUUUCCAAUGUGGAAGAAUACUUGUUUUGCAUUUUUUCUGUUGACACCCGCGAACCCAAAUAUUUUUCCAGUACCAGUGCUAGAUAGUCAGCCUGCCAGCUUGGCCUUUGAACUAACUUUUAAAUCUUUUUUAAUAUACGUUCACGUGCAAUUGUUACAAAAUGAAUUAGAUUUUGAUCUUGCUAAAGGUUCUUUGUCUGGCAUAUUUUCUUUGGAAAGAACCCCAAAUGGAAGCAUGUGUUCUUCAUAAAAGCAUUCCAUAUUACCAACAAUUAAAUGGCUGUUAAGUAUGUUGGAAAGUGCACUGAAAAAGUUAUUGAACUGUUUUUUUUGUAAAUGAUAUACAAUGUAAAAGUACCCAAUAAAUACUACAUUCAGAAUGAAAAUGGUUACAAUAUUCAAACCAAAGUAGUAACUUCAAUGUCACUACAUUGUAAAGGGCCACAAUAGUAUGACCUAUUAAAGGAUUGUUUGUUUUGACAUUGUCUCUACAUCCAUGAGUGCACAUGUAAACAUCAGUCUGGAGAUAAAGAGGAAACGUUGCACAGGUAGAGUACCUUUCACACCCUCCAUGUUCUGAAGCACUUUUCAGCCAGUGAGGUGUUGAAAGUAAUUUUAUUAUCAAAGCACAUACAUGUUACCGUAUACUACCUGAAGAUUCAUUUUCUUGCAGGCAUUUAAGGAAAAAAGAAAUACAAUUGAAUUUUAUAAAAUACUAUAAAAAGCCAAUGUUCAAAUGAAGACAAAGGGUGUAAAUAAAAAUACCGAGAACAUGAGACUGCUUGAAAAGGGAUUUGUGAGUGGUAGAAUCAGUGUAGAGUAAUGGUGAAUGAAGCUAUCCACAACAGUUCAGCUGCCGGAUUUUGUAGAGCAAUAACUGUCCCUGAACUUAGUGAUACAGGACCCAAAGCUUCUGUACUUCCUGCGUAGUGGUAGUAACAAGAGGAGGGUAUAGCCUAGAUUUACAUGGCGGCACUCAUGUAAAUGUGCUCAAAGGUGAGGCGGUCUUUGCCUGUGAUGUGCAGGGGCGUAUCCACCAUUUUAUGUAGCUUUUUGUAUUCCUGGGCAUUGGUAUUUCCAUACCAGGUUGUGAUGCAACCAGUUAGGAUACUCUCCACACAGUGCAUCGAUAGAAGUUUGACAUGCUAAAUUUAUGCAAACUUAGAAGAAGAUAGUGGUGUUGUGAUAACAAUUAAGUUUUGUAUUUUAUGUAUAGUUGGUAUUGUAAUUUGGAAAUUCAAGACGCACAGUAUUGGUUCCACGUUCAUCAGGAUGAUAAUGACCAGGUACUUUCACCCCAAGUCUUUUUUGUGUUCAAGUUUCCAAAGUGAAACAUUGAACUCAUAAUCUGAUUCUGAUGAAAGUGUUGCAACUUAGACAUAGAUGACUUACAAAGUGGCAGAGGUAAUGUGAAGGCAAGGGAGUGGGAGAUUACAGUGCCUGCAGAUAUUUAAUACUAAUUAAUGAAUGCAUGACUAGGCUGAGAUACCAGAAGGCAAAUCUCUGGAACUAUAUUAUUACUUAUGAGCUAAUGUUUGUUUAGAAGGCAAUUUUUACCUCCAUGCUAAUUGUAUAUUGAUUUUUCCACAAGACCUUGCUAAAUAAACUGACUUCCAGCA